AUGGGCAUGGGGUUUAACGGCCUUAAGAAUAAGGAUAACCAUGUACCAACGGAGGAUAAUAAUGUCAAUGGUAAUGGCGAAGAAGAUUCCAGCAAUUUCGAGGAGAAAAAGGAGGAUUUGGGAGUAGGUAAGAAAUCGCCGUUUUUUCCAUUUUACAGCCCAAGCCCAGCUUAUUUUUUCUCGAAGAAAUCUCCGGCGAGAUCUCCGGCGCCGGGGAGCGGGACACCGAGGAGAAUUUUUAAAGGAAAAUUCCCACCGCCCUCUCCGGCAAGGCACAUUCGAGCACUGCUAGCAAAGCGGCACGGGUCAGUGAAGCCGAACGAGGCAACAAUACCUGAGGGGAAGGAGGUGGAAGUGGGGGUGGGUCUGGAUAAGAAUUUCGGGUUUUCGAAGAAUUUGUAUAACAAGUAUGAGCUGGGGGAGGAAGUCGGGAGAGGCCAUUUUGGGUAUACUUGUAGGGCCAAUUUCAAGAAGGGGGAGCUUAAAGGACAGGAGGUUGCUGUUAAGGUCAUUCCAAAAGCAAAGAUGACCACAGCUAUAGCUAUUGAAGAUGUAAGAAAGGAGGUGAAAAUAUUGCGAGCCUUGACGGGACAUAGCAAUCUAAUACAAUUUUAUGAUGCAUAUGAGGACAACGAUAACGUCUAUAUUGUGAUGGAGUUAUGCGAAGGAGGAGAGCUUUUGGAUAGAAUACUUUCAAGGGGUGGAAAAUACACAGAAGAUGAUGCGAAAACCGUGAUUAUACAGAUUCUGAACGUUGUUGCGUUCUGCCACCUUCAGGGGGUGGUGCACCGGGAUCUUAAACCAGAGAAUUUCUUGUUUACAUGCAAGGAUGAAAACUCACAAUUGAAGGCCAUAGACUUUGGGUUAUCAGAUUUCGUGAAACCAGAUGAAAGACUUAAUGACAUUGUUGGCAGUGCAUAUUAUGUAGCACCCGAAGUACUACACAGAGCAUACAGUACAGAGGCUGAUGUUUGGAGUGUUGGUGUUAUAGCAUAUAUAUUAUUAUGCGGAAGCCGCCCAUUUUGGGCUCGAACCGAGUCCGGAAUCUUCCGUGCCGUAGUAAAAGCGGAACCAUCUUAUGAAGAGCAACCUUGGCCUACUCUAACGUCGGAGGCAAAAGACUUCGUCAAACGCCUACUAAAUAAGGAUCCUCGGAAAAGAAUGACUGCAGCUCAAGCAAUGUGUCAUCCUUGGAUAAAAAAUAGUAAUGAUAUCAAAGUGCCUUUGGAUAUACUCGUAUUCAAACUCAUGAAAGCUUAUAUGCGUUCAUCUCCACUACGGAAAGCUGCAUUAAGGACUUUGUCCAAAACAUUGACUGUAGACGAGCUAUUCUAUUUAAAGGAACAAUUUGCACUAUUGGAACCAAACAAAAGUGGCACCAUAAGCUUAGAUAAUAUCAAAGCGGCCUUGACAAAGAAUGCAACUGAUGCCAUGAAAGAGUCUCUCGUGUAUGACUUUCUUGCUUCGCUUAAUGCGCUUCAGUACAGAAGGAUGGAUUUUGAAGAAUUCUGUGCUUCUGCAUUAAGUGUCCAUCAGCUUGAAGCUCUUGAGCGGUGGGAGCAACAUGCUCGUUGUGCCUAUGAACUCUUCGAGAAGGAUGGCAACCGGACAAUCAUGAUCGAGGAAUUGGCUUCGGAGCUUGGUCUGAGCCCAUCUGUUCCGGUGCAUGCUGUUCUUCACGACUGGAUUAGACACACGGAUGGAAAGCUUAGUUUUCUUGGAUUUGUCAACUACCGGGAAACAGAAAAAAGGCGGAUAAAAUGCUAUCAGAAAACUGUUCUUGAAGAUUUGCACUUUCUGCAAAAUACAUUCAUUGGUGCGGUCCGAUUGUCGCUUAUAUCAGGUUCAAGCAACAGGAAGUUAGCUACCUCGUUGGUGUUGGACGAUCCGGCUGGGACUAUAGCAUUGGAUCACCUACGUUUCCACUGUGAAAAUCUAAUUGAUUGUGUAAUUGCAAGUGAAAACAUUUCUCGGCUGGUAAUGGGACAUUCUUACCUUAAAUCUUCUGACAUAUUGGACAACCUCGUCAUUUUCAACUGCCUUGUAUCUUCUUCUGUUCUGUACAAUAGAAAAUCCAUUGAUUUUUUGAGCUGGUAA